UGAACGCCGGUUGUCUGUCUUGGCCGCUUCAAUUGUUAUUGAUUUUUGUCGCAUUUUAUAUUUUUCGAUAAAUUGUGCAUUUCUUGAAUUGAAAAGGUGUUAAAAUGUCUAAAUUUUCAAAUUAUUUCAUAUUGUUUGUGUGUUUUCUUCUCGCUACAUUUUCAACAGUUAACUCAAUAAGCUGCUACCAGUGUUCAGGGACGGAUUCAGACAAUCCUUUCGAGUGUACCGAGUGGCUGGGUAAUGAUAUAGAUUUGAAACCGACGGAUUGUGGGGCAAUACACAAUGCCCAAUUUUGUAUCAAACAUGUAGGGAGGUUUGAAGGUGGAAUCAGUACGAAACGUUUUUGUUCGUCACUGGACUUGGGCAAUUAUUGCAAUUACGUACAGCAACCAGGUGACAAAUUGGAAUACAGAAGUUGCAUAUACACUUGCAGCACUGACAGCUGCAACGCAGCCUCCAGUUUACAGAUGUCGGUUAUUCUUUUAACUUUAAUAUAUUUUUUCAAACUAAUUUUGUAAGAUCAAUGACUGCUUGAUUUAUAAAUUUACGUGUUUUUAAAUUACUUUAUUGUAUUUAUGAUUAUAGUUAUGUCGGAUUUCUAUUGAAAUAGUAAGUAUUAUCAACAGUCUGAUCUACAAGAAUAUUUUUAAAUCAGAGCGGUUGUUAGUAAAUAUACCUCAUAGUUGAUAAUUUGUGACAAUUCGGCAGCAUAUUUCUAAAUUGAAAAUUAAUUCCAUUUUAUUUUCUCUAGAGUUACUCUGUUAGUUUUAAGAAAUAACACUAAAGUGAAACCAGACAAAUUAUAGAAAUGUAAGGACAUCCUUAUAAGGUCCUGUUAGGGUUGUUCACAUGUCAUUCGAAAUUAUUAUUCUAGAUUCCGGUAAAGGUGCUUAAAGAUUUACUCGAUUUUUUAACCGACUUCAAAAAAGGUGGAGGUUGUCAAUUCGCUUGUAUGUUAUUUUAUGUAUGUUACGCGAUAACUCCGCCAUUUGUGAACCGAUUUUGAUGAUUUUUUUUUG